UGGCUCAAGAAGGUUUGACGGUUGGUUGCGUGGUGGAAAUUGCGCUUUGGGAAGAGAAUUUUCAAGACGACGUAUGGAAUGAAAGAGGCUCUAAAAUGGUUUUGAAAUGUUUAAGCGACAAUUAUGCAAGAUCAGGUCCUGUGGCUAGUACAUCUUCAGCUAUGCGGCAUAUUCCACCUAAUUCUACAGGUAAUGUCUCCACUUCAAAAUAUUGCGUCGCAACAUCUAACGAAUGUUCAUCACUUGAUCCAGUAAAUGUUUCAGAACCUACCGCGAAUAUUACUGAGGCUACUUUACGAAAAACGGUGACUGAAGAAGUCUUAGAUAUUUGCGAAUUGAUGACUACAAUAAGAACGGCGUCAAGCCAGGAAAUUGCAUUAACCAAUGAAGACUUUGAUCCAACAUGGAUCAAGUCUGUCGAAAAUGAAUUAUGCACUGAAAUUAAAAUUCAAAACUUGAAACAAGAAGUCGAAUUACUCAUGAAAGAACGUGCAAAAUUAUCAAGCUAUGUAAAUACAAUUGAGAGUCAACUUCAGUCAUUAAAUGACACUAUGAAACAGAUUCAUCAAGUGUUAGGGGAAAAAAAUUAG